AUGAACGACUCAGUCACUAUCAAGGCACAGUGCAUGUGUAAAGCACACACAUUCUCCGCUUCACUGCCCAAAUCCGCACUGCCGCUCAACGCGUCUUGCUGUCACUGCACGUCGUGUCGCCGACUAACUGGAUCUCUCUACAAUCCUGCCGUCUCGUGGCCAGACGCCUCUGUAGACCUAUGUGGCUUGCGGAAAUAUCCGUUCUCAAAACACUUUGAUGUUUAUUCGUGCGGUACCUGCUCGUCGCAGCUCUUCGCCCGUGGUCACGAUCCCAGCAUCGCUCCUUAUGUCACAACCGGCGCUUUGGGGAACAUCCCUGGUCUCGUCAAAUAUGACAACCACAUGUUCAUCAGCGACACCAUCGAUGGCGGCCUUGCGCCCUGGCUUCCGAAAGAAGAGAAUGGAGACCCGGUUAAGCGCUGGAAAGGGCAUCGCAACAGCGAAGAGGUUCCAUUCGACUGGCCGGUCAGCAAGUCUAUCCCUACCGCUCGGCUGCAUGCUAGUCCUUCUCCAUCGUCGACACUGUUCCAUUGUCACUGCAAGGGCGUCCAGCUAUCGCUGAGAAGCGCGGCGGACUUGGAGGCGGACCCGGCGAAGGAAUCGACCUCGACGUGUGUGGAUCCCAAGACGCUCAAGUUCAAGGCAUGUUCCGACUCGUGCAACUCUUGCCGCCAACACUUCGGCUCAGACAUCAUCGCCUGGACCUUUGCUCCUCUCACACACAUCAACUUCAGCACUGAGGCCGCAUCCGCGCCGUCACAAUUUCCACAGACAAUCGUUAAACUCAAAGAAGCAGUUCUAUCCAAGACCAAAGACCCACGCCUCGGAACAUUGGCGGUUUACAAUAGCUCUCCUGAGGUAGAGCGGUACUCCUGUUCAGUGUGUUCAGCCAGCAUAUUUUACGCCGUUUAUGACCGUGAAGAUAUGGUUGACAUUGCAGUUGGACUGUUGGACCAUCCGGAUGGCGCACGUGCUGAAGGAUUGUUGGCUUGGAAUUAUGGCCUGCUUGGGUGGACAGGGGAUGCGGCAGGCGGAUGGCGAGAAGAACUAGUUGCAAGAACGAAGACCUCAAUGAAGGAGUGGUCCAACUCCUUGAACGAGAAUCAGAGUAACAACGACUAG